GAAUGAAAGAAUUUUAACUUUAUUUUAUUUGAUGUUGAUCCCAACACUACAACAAAUGGAAGCUUCAAUCCUCUUUCUUCCUUCGACGAAUGGAACUCGCCCUAUUCGAUCUUGUAUCUGGGGAUAAGGUUAGCAACGAAAAUCCCUUAGUUACAGAAGUUAGCUUUACAAAAGGAUGAAUUCUAUUUGUUUUCUCUUGCUACUUUGGGUUGAAGUCAACAAAUCUGUAGUUGGAAGAACAUUUGCCUUUUCUCUUAUGUUUUUUUUUCUUUUUCAUUGUUCCUGAAUUAGUUUGUUACCCCAAAUUGUUCUUCAUGGCCUUAUCGUUGUAAAACUCACAUCUGAAUUUCAAGUUGAGAAACAUGUGUUUGUCAUAUUUCAUUCUGGAGACAGCAAAUGACAAAAUUCAGAAAAUAUGUGAAGCUUUUGGUGCAAAUCGUUACCCAUUUAUUGAUGACUUGGGCAAACAAUUUUAGAUGAUCACAGAGACUCAAAAAAUUUUGAAAAGAAGAGAAAAUGGAGGAAUUGUUUGAAGAUUUGAAGGCUAAUGAGUCAAUUGGGACGGGCGGUUGAUGUCAAUGAUCCUUGAGAACUUUCUUCCAAAAUGCUAAAUAAGUCAGUCUAAAUGGUUUAUGAAUUCUUUCAUUUGCACAAACACUCUACUUUCCACUUGACCUUUUAAAUUCGAAAGUACAAAGAAGGGGACUUAGCUAAAAUCUCUUUUCUUUUGACGAAUGAUAUAAUGAACAAUCAAAAGCUUAAAUUGAUAAAUAAUGGUAAAAUUUGUAUGUAUAUAUAUAUAUAUAUAUUUGUAUUCAUCACUAAACUAAAAAACUUAAGUUGACUAAUUAAGAUGGAAUCAUUUCAUUUCUUGUAAUUCUUUAAACUAAGACAAGGAAACUUUUCUUCAUUUCAAAGUUAGAGAAGCAAAAGACUGAACAUGGACUAAAGUUUUGUUUUUCUCCUGCUUAAUUACUUUAUCAAGAAAUAUUACUUGUAAAGACCAUGAAGUAAGAUGCUAUCAUUUGCUAGAUAUCUAUGAACAAAUCGAUGUACAUUCUUCACAAAUAACUGUUGAAGAAUCUCUGUUCUUCUCUGCUUGGCUCUGUUUGUCACCUGAAAUUGACUCAAAAACAAAAGCAGUAUGUUUUCCUGUUGUUUUCUUCAAAUGAUAAAAUUUAAAUGGCCAUUGAUUAACUCACCAAGGAUAACUUGUAAUUUAGAUUGACAUUAGUUUCUUGUUUUAUAGCAAUCUGUAAAUGAAGUCCUUGAGACCACUGAACUUAAUAGCAUAAUGGAUUCCUUAGUUGGGAUACCUGGUGUCAGUGGCCUAUCAACCUAGCAACGUAAACUUUUAAUCAUAGUUGUGGAGCUUGUUUCCAACCCCUCUAUCAUUUUCAUGGAUGAGCCUACCACUGGUUUAUAUUGCAAGGCAGCUGCAAUUGUCAUGCGAGCCAUCAAGAAUGUGGCUGAUACUGGAAGAACAAUAGUUUGUACCAUCCAUCAGCCAAGUAUUGACAUCUUUGAAUUUUUUGAUCAGGCAUACAACCACAAUGGAAUGUACAAGGCCAUUAGAGAUUCUCAAGAAGUUUAUAUUUAUCCCACUUCAGUGUUAUUCCACUUCAGUUUUAUUCAGUUUGUACAUCAUAACUUGUGGUCAUAUUUACAAGUGGAGAUGCUUCUAGGGGUAACAAACACAUGUGCAAUGCAUAUAUUUUCCGGUCAACAAGAGGUUUGAGGUCUAUUUACAAAAUUCUUAUUCUACUGUUGUAGUUGCAUUGUUUACUUUUUUUGUUAUCUUGCUUUCAUUUUCUUGAUUGCCUUUUGGACUGUAAUCUAACUUUCACUUAAUUUUCUUUUUAGUUUUGGUUCUUUUGAUUAAAUAGAAUAUUUGAUUGAAUGUCCUUGCUUUGUGGUGUUCCUUUUGGAAACUUUCUAGAUAAAAUGUUGUUAGAGCUACUUUCCAGAUAAAAUUUAAAAUCUCCAUCAAUCUUA